UUUUAUAAUCAAUAAUUAUUGAAUUUCAAAAUAUGUAGUGGCAGGUUAAGUCGCGACACCUAUAUCGUAAAAUGCCGAUAUGAAAGAUUGUCAUCAAAUUUCUGUAAUUCUAGAACAAAAUGGGUCGUUAUUCUCAUGAACCGGUAAAUGCAAGCAAAUCGUGCAAAGCACGAGGAUCUAAUCUGCGAGUACAUUUUAAGAAUACACAUGAAACAGCACGUGCCAUUAAAAACAUGUCUUUGCGAAGAGCACAAAAAUAUUUGAAAAAUGUAAUUGAACAUAAAGAAUGUGUACCAUUCCGUAGAUUUAAUGGUGGUGUUGGUAGGUGUGCUCAAGCAAAACAGUUUGGUACUACACAAGGUCGUUGGCCUAAGAAAUCAGCAGAAUUUUUACUUCAAUUAUUGAAAAAUGCUGAAAGUAAUGCUGAUGUUGAUGGACUAGAUCUUGAUCGUCUUGUAAUUAAUCAUAUUCAAGUAAAUCAUGCUCCUUGUCUACGUAGAAGGACAUAUAGAGCUCAUGGUCGCAUUAAUCCUUAUAUGAGUUCACCAUGUCACAUUGAAGUAAUUUUGACUGAAAAAGAAGAUUUUGUAGUAAAAAGUCCAGAAGAAGAACCAUCAAAAAAGAAACUAAGUAAAAAGAAGCUUGCCAGGCAAAAGGAAAAAAUGAUGAGAGAAUAAUUUUUAAUAUUGAAUAUAUCAUGAAGAAUAAAAAUUACUCUGCUUUGUCUAA